AUGGGCGAUCCAGGAAGCAUCACUGUACCGUGCCAGUUUGGAAACUUUGUUACUACUUAUGCAUUAGCUGAUUCGGGGGCUAGUAUAAAUAUUAUGCCCUACCCUUUCUUCAAAAAGUUGAACCUUCCAGAACUUAAACCUAUUUACAUGACAAUCCAUCUAGCUGAUAAAACAGUGAUCUGUCCAAAAGGAGUUUGUGAAGAUCUUCUAAUCAAGGUGGAUACGUUGGUUUUCCCUGCUGACUUCGUAGUUGUGGACAUGGAAAAAGACCCAAAGGUUCCAAUCAUCCUUGGAAGACCAUUCUUGAAUACCGCAUGUGUAAUGGUCGAUAUGCACGAAUCGACACUUACACUUAGGGUUGGGGAUGAUUCGGUUACUUUUUUCACUAAUCAAGAGAAGGAGCAAGAAAAAUCAAUUGAAGAUAAGACUUCCUCAAUAGAAUUGGCUGAUGAACUGCUAGAAAAAAGACUACUUGAAGGAAAUGAAGACAAUGAAGAUCUAAGUAACUUUAAAGAAACAAAUUCGACUUUUAAUGAAAAGAAUUUGAAAGAUGAGGAAGCAAUUCAAGUUGAUAAUAAUGAAUGGUUGGAAGAUGAAAAGAGCAUUACGGCUUUGAAAAAUAAGGAGCAAAACUCUUCCAUUAGAUUGCACACAAAUAAUCAAGAAAAAAAAGGGGAUAAGCUAACCACAAGAACAAAACCUCGCGCUUCAGUUUAUACCACUUUUCAAGUAUUCACUUUUAAACCACCGGAUUCUCAAGCAUAUGAAGAAAGUGAGGUAGAAUCUGUCACCUCAAGUGAUGCUGAGAUGAUGAUUGAAAAGGCGAUCGAGGUAGAUAAAGGAAGAAUGGACACAAUGGGGCACAUGGUAGAUGAAAGGAAGAAGAAAUGUGGUAAAGGGAUAAAGCGUAAAUCUGAAGGAAAUGACACCAAAAUGAGAAAAGGAGGAGUUGAAGAAGGCGUAUAA